UGAGGCCAAAGCCUUCAGUGCUGCACUAUGUAAGGAAAAACAUCUACUUAUCUCUUAAUCCCAGCACAUGGUCCUCUUAGGAGAGAGUGCUUACUCUUUUGAAAUGACUGGAUUUUUCUUUUAGUUACUUUAUAUUUAGACAGACCCAGUCCCUGACUAACUAACUAAGUAAGCCAUUAGCAGUUGGAAAACCUUGUAACCACAUAGAACCACAAGCAAGAAUCGAGCUGGCUGAGAUUGCUGAUUCGAAAUAUCCUCUCCUUGGAAGUACUUAAUGGUAACCCUUUAGACGAAGAAUGGAGGUGAGAAGGCCCAGAACAUCUAAUAAAGAACUGGUCUCUUUCUCUAGAAAAAGCCUCCAUUAUCAGGCCCCACCAGUAUUCCUACCAUGUCCCCCCCACUGGAAUUCACCACUGUGGAAGCAGAGUAACAGGUCCAUGAUGAAGCAGAUGCCCCGCCUCAACCACUGGGCCAGAAUCAUGAAACAAUCCGCGCCUCCCUGCACUUGGACCAAAGCACUGCCUUCGCCAUGGCUCCACCAUCUAGUCAGAGUUCCACAGUUGCCCCACGCCUAUCACAAAACAAUGAUGGUACCAUUAUCUCAUCUUCAUCACCAGGCUACAGCAAAAUCAUCCACACUCCACCGAAGCUGUGCACUGAACUCAGCCAAGUCUUUUCCCAGGCCCAAUAUCGGGUCUGGGAAAACUGAUGCGCCAUUAAAAGCUGAUAAACAACAUCUUGUGCUUCCACUUAGCUCCAAACAUCAGCCUGAGUCUCCGUUGUCCCCUGACCACCAGACAGUGGAUUCUUCAGUUGCCUACUGUAAUUUUCCUAAGAUUUACCGACAUCGUGACCAACCAGCUGAGAAGUUACCCAACGUAACCCAGAAAUCUCUAUCUCCACCGCUCCCUAAUUUCCAAAUCUCUGAGGUUCCGCCAUGCAAGAAUCACAGGGCCAAGGCUGAAACUGUCUCCAGUACAUGCUCUGACUUCAAGGAACAGUUCACUCCUGCCACAAUAAACGCCAAGCAUCAGAAUGAAACGCCACUGAAAUCCAGGCAGAGAUACAUCAACCAGAAGCAUAAAGUCAUCAUUAUGCCAUCCUGUGAAAAUCAGUACUGUUCCUGGGCCACAGCUUUCGAAUCUCCAAGUGAAUCCCAACAUUCUAAGACAUCGUGCCCCAACCUGUGCCCGAGGGAAAUGGCAUCGCUGUUAAGUUGUGUUGAUGAUCAGCUAUCCAGGGCCCUCAGUCUAUCUCCACCACCUCUUGAUCAGAGAUCUAGAGGAACACCAGAACCCAGCUCUAAAGAUCAGGGAGAGAAUAUACUGACCCCCACUGUCCAAGCCCCAUUCCCAAUGGAGGUAGAAUGCUGGGAAAUGAUAUCACUAAGAUCAGAGCACCAGGCUUCAUUUGUAACAGACCAGGAUCAUGGGGCCACAUCUCCACUAGCUUUAGAUUCCCAGGAUAAAAAUUUACCUGGACUUGACUACCCAGAUACCCCUCAAAUGCAACUUAAAAAGCAGACUAAGGAAUUAGAGCAGUGGAAGAAGAUGCCACCAAGAACAGGCUAUCUGACUGCCACACAAACAAGCUUAACUGAUGAAAAAACACCUCCACCAGAUACAGAGGAAAUAUUCCUACCUGACUCCAACCAUGAGGCCACACCUCAAAACAGCCCUGACCACCAGGCUAAGGAUAUACCAAACCUGAUUUUUCAAGGCAAAGUUGAUGUCUCAACUCAAACAGAAGAGUACCGGGAAACAAUGUUACUAGAGGGAGAACGCCAGAGCACAAUUCUCCUAGAUCGCGGUGAUGGGACAGCGUCUCUUUUGAGCUCAAUCGUCCAGGAUGCAACUCUUCCUAGCUUUCGCCAGACACCAUACCCAUCCAGCUGUGACCACCAGUUGGAGACUUUUCCAGACACUGACACUCAGUCUUCAUUUCCGUCAGACUAUUUAAAAUUGUCCGGGAAAGCAGAACGCCAGUUUGCAUCUAGCCCCACCUCUCUACCCAACCAUCAAAGCCAGGCUAAAUCUGUAUCAGACUCCACAGAUUUUGAGCAGGAUCAUGCAACUCCAGUGACUCUGAACAAUCAGGAAACAGUUCACCCAAGACAGAAUUAUAGGAUUAAAUCUCAAACAGGUCCUAGCCAUCAGACUGAGAUUCUAAGAGGGACCUCACUCAUGGCACCAAACUCUGACCAUCAAGAGUUGGUUCAAAAUUGGCUCCAACAUCAGGCCCAUACUGUACCCAAAAAACAAUGUUCCCGGGGCUUAAACUACCUCAGACCAUACAUCAUUGAGGGGGGCUCUGUGCCUGAUAAAAUUGUUCAUGCCAUCAUCAGUUCUAUCCCUCAGGAGAAAAUAAAAAGUGAUAUCUGCAAGAGGAUUCUUUGGUGGAAGAUUAAGGAAGCUACAUCUCAUUGGUCUGGUCAAUUCAUUUCCAGUAAAUAUAUUGUUUGUUUAAUUUGUGCUUCCUGGAUUCCAUAUGGCUGUCCCCAUAUUCAAAAAAGGAAAUAUCCAUGUGUAACACAAUUGCUGGCCAUACCAAUGCUGCUGCCUGGUUCUAAGCACAAACUAAACGUGAAAUUUGUCCUCCUAGUGCCGGAGGCAACAGCACGCAACGUUUUCAGCCUCCCAUAUACCUAUUACUAUUUGCAAAAGCCCAUUCACCGCUCUUCAGCCUUUCAUGCAUCUUCCCAACCAGACCCUGUUCUCUCUGAACCUGCAAAGGCAAAGUGGCUUCAUGUCAUCCUUGGCAAGAAUAACCAACCAGGGGGAAGAGCUGGGAAUAGAGGCCGACAGCGAUGCAUAGAAGAAAUGCCCACAAAGAGGCUGAGAAACACCAGAGGAAGGCCAAGGGGACAUCGUAAACUUUUCGCAACUUUGCUAAAAAGAUUUCAAUUAAAACAAAGGUGAAAUUAAAAUAACCAUUUUUUCCCUUUGAAAAGAAAUGAACUUAAAAGUCUUCUACCUAUAUA